AGCCACCUGGCGGAUGUUUGAACAGCGGAAGCAGUCAAAGUAGCCAUCUUGGAGAUAAAAGGAGGGCCGAUACCAUUAAGCAUACACCAUUUUUUUGUCUAAAACGACGUUAAUUAUUCGACCCGUCUAGGAUUGAGACAAGAUUUUCACACAAGAAAGCAUAAUAAUGAAUCCGGAAUAUGAUUAUUUGUUUAAGCUGCUUCUGAUUGGAGAUUCUGGAGUAGGAAAAUCAUGCUUGCUGCUAAGAUUUGCAGAUGACACAUACACAGAAAGCUAUAUAAGUACCAUAGGAGUGGACUUUAAAAUAAGAACAAUAGAACUGGAUGGCAAAACUAUAAAGUUGCAAAUUUGGGACACAGCUGGACAGGAGCGGUUCCGUACCAUCACAUCCAGUUACUACAGAGGUGCUCAUGGGAUCAUUGUUGUCUAUGAUGUCACAGAUCAGGAAUCAUUCAACAAUGUUAAACAGUGGUUACAUGAAAUUGAGCGCUAUGCCAGUGAAAAUGUCAACAAACUGUUAGUAGGAAACAAAUGUGAUUUGACUCCAAAGAAGGUUGUAGACUACACAACUGCCAAGGAGUUUGCAGAUUCCAUAGGAAUCCCAUUCUUAGAGACCAGUGCAAAGAACGCCACGAAUGUUGAGCAGGCUUUUAUGACGAUGGCCGCUGAGAUCAAGAACCGCAUGGGUCCAGUCACUGCCGCAUCGGACAACAAACCAAAUGUGAAAAUAAACGCUAGCACACCAGUGAAACAGGGCGGUGGUGGUUGUUGUUAAAGUUGGCUACAUUUAGACACACUGGGACUGUGUAAUUUAUCAAUAUUCUAUUGGGAAGAGAUGAGAGUAAGAUGCGAAACAUUUGGACACUGAUGAUUAAAUUCAUUUAUUGGUGUUCACUGAAAUUGUGAUGACAUGUUGUUUUCUGCGUACCCAUUUUCUUUUACUUAGUCCUUCAAAAUUAUUCCAGUCAAUGUUUCAUAACAUAAUUGUUUGUAAGUAAGCGGGCCAAAAAGAUAUUUUUAUGAGUAUUUGUUUACGCUGUUUAGAAGUUCUAUAAGGAUCCUGAACAUUUAGAUCUCUGCUGUAUGGCAAUAGUAGAGAACAUUCAUUCACAUUUCCAUGCUCACCUUGACAAAUAAUCCACAUUCUGUGAAAACUGGGCUUAAAUACCCUUUAUGCAUGUGCGUGAAGUGUCAUUACCAGGGACCACACUUUCCUCAUUUGUGGUAUUUUUGGUUCAAAGGAAGUCUCUUUUUAGCACAAAUCCAUUGACGCAGCAAGUGUCGUUCGUCCCUGAUUAGCCUCUGCGGACUGCACAUGCUAAUCUGGGAUGACAACGCACAUUCACAAGUCAAGUUUUCCCGGAAUGAUACUCAAAUUAUUAUGAAAUUCAACAGGAUUACAUGUUAGUUUGAUUGUAAUGGAAUAAUUAUUUAUAUUCAUGCUGUUAAUAUUGAAAAAGAUGCACAAGUGAGAUGUUUCUGAUUCUUUCUUUAUGGAGCUUUCGUCUUUUGUUACGUAUUAUUCUUACUGUUUCAGUGUAUAAUGUGUACAUGUAUUCUUAAAUUGUAGUCAUCAAAUAUGUUCGUAUAUAUUUUCAGCUAUGUUAAUGAUGUGCAAAUGAUCAGUCAGAUGUGAUAAACUGUGUAGUGGGAGUAUGUUUGAGUGAGGAAUUUCACAAGUUUUAUUUGAAAAGUUAAUUUACAGAAUAAGUGCUUUUUUUCAUUGUUUUAAAGAACAGAUAACUAAUUGAUAUAAACAAAGGUGGUUAAUUUUGCCUGAAUAAUUGUUUUGCGGGUAAAUACUCAUAUAAAUUUUUGUCCCAUUUUGCAUAUGAUCGCACAAUCUUGUUUCCACUUUUCAUAUUGUACAAGUGUAAGUGCUAAUAUGUUGGGGUGUUAUGUUAUAUAAGUGUUGUUAAUUUUUUCCUUCAAUUUGUUUUGUAUUUCAUUCUUUAUCCGCAGUUUUAUGUGUAUAGGCUACUAUAUACUUCGAUUGCUUUUGAUGGUUUGGAAAUUUCAGAAAUAAAAGAAUUUAAAAACUUGCUUUUUUUCAGAACAUUUUUGUAUCAAAUAGAUGAACAGUAAAGAAUUCUUUGAGAACAUCUUUAUACAUAUAGUAAUCAAUUGGCCAUCCCUGCUGUUGUUGCCAUGGCCCAUAGUUUAUUUUUGUUUUUUGAUGAGCUGAAAAAUCGCUAGGAUAUGUAAGGCAAGUUUUAUUUUGGUUUCCUUCUGUGGUGCAUGUUAUUUGCAUUCACUUCAGUUAAUACACUCAACAAUUAUUACUUAAAUGCAUAGAUUGUUGAGCGCAUGAAAUAAUGUGGACAACCGGUAGGUUAGCAUUUGUUUACAUAACAAGUGUAUAUAGCAUUCCUCCAUCAACAUUGUUAUUGUUUAUGAUAUAUACCGACAUGUUAACUCAUUUUGGCAUGGUAUUAUUGCGUUGUUGGUUCAUAGGGAUAAAUGAUAGCUGUCAAACUGUAGUUUCUUUUGGUUAAAAAAUGUGUUUGUAUAUAUAUAUAUAUAUUAUAUUACAGAAGCAAAAUAGGAUCUGUUCACAAAUUAUCGCAGUUUUGAUUCCAAAAAAAAAUCAUUACAUGAAUUUAAUAAAAGGAAAUAUUUUAAUUUAUAUAAAAAUGAUAUGCCUGGGAAUUGAAUUCAUUCUAACAAAUACACCUCACAGUGUUUUGCUGUAAAUGUGUUGUUAAAAAGUUGUGUGGUUAAAAAGUUCACCAAUGCUUUAUUACAUUUUUCUUGAUCAGACGUGUUUUCUUGUUUGAAUAUAAUGCAUACAUUUUGUUUUUAUGCCCCCGGUUGGGUGGCAUAUAGCAGUUGAACUGUCCGUCAGUAUGUCAGUGUGUCAGUCUGUCCGUCCGUCCGAAAAAAACUAACAUUGGCCAUAACUUUUUCACUAUUGAAGAUAGCAACUUGAUAUUUGACAUGCAUGUGUAUCUCGUGGAGCUGCACAUUUUGAGUGGUGAAAGGUCAAGGUCAUCCUUCAAGGUCAAAUGUCAAAUUUAUGGCGUCUGUCCGUCCGAAAACGUUAACAUUGUCCAUAACUUUUUCAAUAUUGAAGAUAGCAACUUGAUAUUUGGCAUGCAUGUGUAUCUCAUGGAGCUGAACAUUUUGAGUGGUUAAAGGUGAAAGUCAUCCUUCAAGGUCAAAUGUCAAAUAUAUGGCGUCUGUCCGUCCGAAAACUUUAACAUUGGCCAUAACUUUUUUAAUAUUGAAGAUAGCAACUUGAUAUUUGGCAUGCAUGUGUAUCUCAUGAAGCUUCACAUUUUGAGUGGUGGAAGUUCAAGGUCAAGGUCAUCCUUCAAGGUCA